CUGAGUUUUUUUCAGCUAGUGGAGCUGAUCAUCAGGCCGGAUAUCGACUCGAAAAUCAACCUGAACUUGUCUACCAAAAACAAGAGCUAUACGGGAAACGAGGAAUUUUGUGUUAAGGAUUCGUAUGUGAUUAUUCGAAACAGCGUACUGCUCUGCGGUGUAUUAGACAAGGCGCUGUUGGGUUCAGGAAGCAAGACAAAUAUUUUCCAUAUUCUUUUGCACGAUUACGGCGAAGAUGCGGCAGUAGAUGCGAUGUGGAGGCUCGCACGAAUGGCACCCGUAUUCCUCAGCAAUCGCGGCUUCUCCAUAGGGAUCGGUGAUGUGAGGCCUAGCCCGGCGCUAUUGAAAGAGAAAGCAGAACUACUGAAAACGGGUUACAAAGUCUGUGACGAGUACAUUGAAAGUCUGAAAAAUGGACAGCUGAAAGCGCAGCCCGGUUGUACGGAGCAUCAAACGCUUGAAGCACUGAUUUUGAAGGAACUGUCCGCUAUUCGUGACCACGCUGGUCAAGCAUGUUUACGCAAUUUGUCCAGGCCCAGCUCGGCGCUAUUGAAAGAGAAAGCAGAACUACUGAAAACGGGUUACAAAGUCUGUGACGAGUACAUUGAAAGUCUGAAAAAUGGGCAGCUGAAAGCGCAGCCCGGUUGCACAGAGCAUCAAACGCUUGAAGCAUUGAUUUUGAAGGAACUGUCUGCUAUUCGUGACCACGCUGGUCAAGCAUGUCUACGCAAUUUGUCCAGGCAUAAUGCUCCGCUUACGAUGGCUGUCUGUGGCUCCAAAGGCUCAUUCAUCAAUAUCUCACAAAUGAUCGCAUGUGUAGGCCAGCAAGCAAUUUCAGGGCACAGGCCACCGGAUGGUUUUGAGGAUCGUUCGCUACCGCAUUUCGAGCGCCGCCAAAAAACUCCAGCUGCGAAAGGUUUCGUGGAGAACAGCUUCUAUUCUGGGCUAACCCCUACCGAAUUCUUUUUUCACACAAUGGGAGGCCGAGAAGGUCUUGUGGAUACUGCGGUCAAAACUGCCGAAACAGGAUACAUGCAGCGACGUCUUGUAAAGUGUCUCGAAGAUCUUUGUGUGAAUUAUGAUGGAACGGUACGCUCAUCGGUAGGCGACAUAAUUGAGUUCACAUUCGGUGAGGAUGGCCUGGAUCCAGCACUGAUGGAAUCCACGGAUGGAUGCGUCGUCGAUUUCAAACAUGUACUAGAACAUAUUAAAAAUACCGUCCCGUAUGUUAUUUAUUUGUUUUUUUGUGUUUACAUCUGUAUUGAUGCGGAAAAUAAUUCAUCUUCCUAUAGGCGGGUCGUCUUGCGGGGAGGGGAGGAGGGAGGGAAGAAGGGCGACAGGGGCGGGGGAGAGCCCCCUUCUACGUUGGAACUAUGCAAAAACUGGGGACAGAAUUAUGACACUGCUACUUAAAG